GGUCACAUUGCAAACCAAUUCCAAGUGGGACACGCUUAAUUUUUUUUUUGCCAAUUUGCCAUUAAUUCCAAGCGUCUCAGCUGUCCCAAAAAAAUUGCAACUCUAUUAAAUGUGUUUAACCAAGCGGCCGUCGAAAUCGGUGGAUUUUAAAGGCUCUUAAACGGCCGUGGGAGCUCAGAAACCCACUCUCCAGCGACGAUUGCACCGAAAUCAGCGCCAGCGUCAGCAAAAGUUUCAUUAGCAACUUGGUUAUCAGCUGCGGAAACUGAAGUAGAGAGUUUGGCCAUCCACCAGAACAAAGGGUAGAAAAACAUAGAAACCAGUUGCCAUGGCGAGUCCCAGGACGCGGAGAGUGCUCCAGGAACUGAAGCCCCAGGAUGAGAACUCGAAAUGCUUCGAAUGCGGCACCCACAAUCCCCAGUGGGUUUCCGUGACCUAUGGCAUUUGGAUCUGCCUGGAGUGCUCCGGCAAACAUCGCAGUCUGGGCGUCCACCUGUCCUUCGUGCGAUCCGUGACGAUGGACAAGUGGAAGGACAUCGAGCUGGAGAAGAUGAAGGCGGGCGGUAAUCGCAAUGCCCGCGAGUUUCUGGAGGAUCAGGCAGACUGGAACGAACGGGCGCCCAUCACCCAACGUUAUAAUUCCAAGGCGGCGGCCCUUUACAGGGAUAAGAUAGCCACUUUGGCCCAAGGCAAGAGCUGGAAUCUGAAGGAGGCGGAAACCCGAGUGGGCAGCAGCAAUAGCUUCAGCGGUGGAGGAGGAGGUGGCGGUUCCAGCUACAGCAGCAGUUCUCAAUCGCGUCCCAGUGCAACAGGUUAUGGCGGUAAUGGAGGCUAUCAAAAUGGGGGAGGCGGCGAAACUGGAGGCUAUCAGCAGUACCAGACGCAGGAGUUCAAGGACCAGAAGGAAGAGUUCUUCAGCAAGCGCCAGGUGGAGAACGCCUCCAGGCCAGAACACUUGCCACCGAGUCAGGGCGGAAAGUAUGCAGGUUUCGGGUUCACACGCGAACCCCCACCGAAAACGCAAUCUCAGGAGCUCUUGGACUCGACGCUUUCCACUUUGGCCUCCGGCUGGAGCCUCUUCUCCACGAACGCCUCCAAGUUAGCCACCACCGCCAAGGAGAAGGCCGUUACUACAGUCAAUUUGGCCUCAACGAAGAUUAAAGAAGGAACUUUGCUAGAUUCCGUUCAAAGCGGAGUUACUGAUGUAGCCAGCAAGGUCACCGAUAUAGGCAAAAGAGGAUGGAACAACUUAGCGGGCAGCAACAUCUCCUCGCCGCAGGGCGGAUACAACGAUCCCAAUUUCGAGGACAGCGCCUACCAGCGCUCCAAUUCGGUGGGCGGUAAUCUGGCCGGAGGACUGGGCCAGCAGAGCGGUGUGAGCGACAGUGACUGGGGUGGUUGGCAGGAAAACGCCAACAACAAGACACACCUGACUAGCUCCAGUUCGUACCACAAUCAGUUGAACACCGGCAGCGCCGGUACCGCCACCGCUGGACUCACCCGCGAUGACGAUUGGUCCGGUUUCGAGGCCUCCAAUUACCAGAGUGCGGAGACCUCAUACCAGAACGCUCCGUCCGGCGGGUCGUCAGCCCGCCGCAACAUGAAGCUGCAGGACACUUCGCAGAAGCUAAGCGAGGGCUUUGAGAACCUGGAUGUGAAGAAUGUAAAGUCCAAACCGGCAGCCUCCACUACUUCGGGGAACAAAGCCUCCGCCGAAGACGAUGCCUGGGACCUGUUGAUGAACUAAAAUCCAAACCGAGCCCAUGCGAUUGUAUUUUAUGUAUUCCAUUCAGUUUGUUGUGUCUCCUGUGUUAUGUGUCUUGAUGUCAGGCCGAAGCUGUUGUGCGCGCAUUUAAUGUAACUAACUGAAUAUGUAUUCCCCAAAACUACCGGCUUGCUUCAACUUCAAACAUAAAGUGCAACUAUUUUCGAUUAUUUCCACAGUUUAGACCAAUUUUGUAUAGAUCUACUUAACGAAUUAUUUAGCUUAAAAUAUAUAGCCGGAUUCUGAGGGAUGCGAUUAGAGAUGAGAAAAUACAUAUUAUGUUAACAAGUGUA